AUGACCUCCUCGAGUCCCCAAGAGCGACCGGAACACCGGUCGGGGCCUCUGCAGGGCAAACGCCCCUCUCAUGGAGGGCUGGAGUCGGGGGCUCCAGGGCCGGGGUUGCGCUCCCCGCCCCCUGCCGCCGAACACUCUAGCGCUGACUCCGAGGCCUCGGCGGACCACGGGGCGGGGAAAGAGGCGGGGCCGGGCCUAGGGGGCGGGGCCCCGUGGCUCCUCCCCCCGACGGACGCCGGAGGAGCGGCGGAGCGGCCGGGCGCCGACUCGUCCGAAACUGGUGCGCAGUGGUGGGCGCCGCCUCGGAGGAUGGGCUGGUGCGGCCGCCGCUCAGGGCCGCCGCCGUCGCUGCUACUGCUGCUGCUGCUGGCGGUGGCCGGCGCCGGCGCGGCCCCGCGCUCCGCGCUCUACUCGUCCUCCGACCCGCUGACGCUGCUGCAGGCGGAUACGGUACGCGGCGCCGUGCUGGGCUCCCGCAGCGCCUGGGCCGUGGAGUUCUUCGCCUCCUGGUGCGGCCACUGCAUCGCCUUCGCCCCGACGUGGAAGGCGCUGGCCAACGACGUCAAAGACUGGAGGCCAGCACUGAAUCUCGCCGCGCUGGACUGUGCUGAGGAGACCAACAGCGAAGUCUGCAGAGACUUCAACAUCCCUGGCUUCCCGACCGUGAGGUUCUUUAAGGCCUUCACCAAGAACGGCUCAGGAACAGCACUGCCAGUCCCAAGGGAUCUCAAAAGCAGCAAAUCAGACACACCUGCCAACUCCCUCAAAGUGGCCCUUCUAAAGAGCUUUAGGAAGGAGGCAGAGGUGUGUGAUGAAAGGCUGGAGGAGAUUGAUGGCUUCUUUGCAAGAAACGACGAAGAAUACCUGGCCCUGAUCUUUGAAAAGGCAGGCUCCUAUCUGGGUAGAGAGGUGACUCUGGACCUGUCCCAGCACCAUGGCAUCGCGGUGCGCAGGGUCCUGAACACGGAGGGUGAUGUGGUGAGCAAGUUUGGGGUCACCGACUUCCCGUCUUGCUACUUGCUGUUUCGGAAUGGCUCUGCCUCCCGGGUCCGCGUACUUAAGGAAUCCAGGUCCUUCUAUACCGCGUACCUACAGAAGUUCUCCAGGACCACCAGGGAGGCUGUCCCGACCACGGUUGCGCCAACCACAGCUCACACAGCAGCUCCCACUGUGUGGAAGGUCGCAGAUCGCUCCAAGAUCUACAUGGCUGACCUGGAAUCUGCACUGCACUACAUCCUGCGGGUAGAAGUGGGCAAGUUCUCUGUUCUGGAAGGGCAGCGCCUGGUGGCCCUGAAAAAGUUCAUGGCAGUGCUGGCCCAGCACUUCCCUGGCCAGCCCUUAGUCCAGAACUUCCUGCAUUCCAUGAAUGACUGGCUCAAGAGGCAGCAGAGAAAGAAAAUUCCCUACGGUUUCUUUAAAGCUGCCCUGGACAACAGGAAGGAGGGCGCUGUGAUUGUCAAGAAGGUGAACUGGGUUGGCUGCCAGGGGAGUGAGCCACAUUUCCGGGGCUUUCCGUGUUCCUUGUGGCUCCUCUUUCAUUUCCUGACCGUGCAAGCAGCCCGGCACAAUUUAGACCACUCGCAUGAAGCAGCCAAAGCCCAGGAGGUCCUCCAGGCCAUCCGGGGCUACGUGCGCUUCUUCUUCGGCUGCCGAGAUUGCGCCAGCCACUUUGAGCAGAUGGCGGCGGCCUCCAUGCACCGAGUGGAGAGUCUGAACAGCGCCGUGCUCUGGUUCUGGUCUAGCCACAACAAGGUCAACGCCCGCCUCGCCGGUGCCCCCAGCGAGGACCCCCACUUUCCCAAGGUGCAGUGGCCGCCCCGCGAACUCUGUUCUGCCUGCCACAAUGAGCUCCGGGGUUCGCCUGUGUGGGACCUGGACAACACCCUCAGAUUCCUCAAGACCCACUUCUCGCCGAGCAAUGUCGUCCUGGACCUUCCUUCAGCUGGGCCGGGCCCCCGGAUGGUUGCCCAGAGGAUGGCAGCCAGAAAUUUUACUCUGGGCCCUGAGAAGGCUGGGGUCAUGGUAGGCCCAGGAACCAUGGUUCCCAAAGUUCCGGCAGAGACACUGAGGGUGAGUCACCCCCGGGAUGUGCUCAUUGGCCUCAGUAUGACAGCUGAGCCAGACCAGGGACCUCCUGAGCACAUAGCAGAGCUUCACAGGGAUGCGUUGGAGCAGCCAAAAGGGCGGGAACACUUGACCAAACGAGACACAGGAACCGUGUUGCUGGCCGAGUUCCUCGCUGAGAAGAACCCCAGAGGCCCUGCAGAGCUGGGGCGAGUGGGUCGCAGCUCAAAGCAGCUGGCCAGCAUUUCUGAUGGGGAGCUGGAGGCUGGGCCCGUGCGGGGCCGGGACCAGUGGCUACAGGUGCUGGGAGGGGGCUUCUCCCACCUGGACAUCAGCCUCUGUGUGGGGCUCUACUCCCUGUCUUUCAUGGGCCUCCUGGCCGUGUACACCUACUUCCGGGCCAGGAUGAGGGCACUGAAGGGCCACGCUGGCCACCCCACAGCCUGA